GUGGGUGCUGCCAAGAUGCACCGCACCUGUGUCUGCCUCCUCCUCCCACCUCACACUCCACCUCUCCUCUCCUUUUCUAGAUGGAGCCACUGAUAGAGCCCCUGUUCUCUCUUCUCCAGGAGCCUAGGAAGAGUGAUAUUGCAGGCUAUACAGGGAACUGCAUUUUGAGUGACAAUGAGGAAGGGAGAGGCAUCCCCGAAGACAUUACGCAAGAAGUACUGCCUCAGCUACCUGAAGCCCACAGCCCAGACAGGGGGGCAGCCACUCCGCGAAGGCAGCAGAAGGCAGCCUGCAAUAAACCCCCUCACCAAAAAAGAGGUUCCAAGAAACUUGCCCUCAUUGCUGAUGGCCAGAAACUGCACACAGAAGAGAAACCCUACAAGUGUACAGAAUGUGGGAAGGGCUUUAAGGGAUGCUCCAGGCUCCUGAAUCACCUGCAAACCCACAGGAGAGAAAAAACGUUUGAGUGUGUAGAAUGUGGGAAGAGCUUUAGCAGGAAGGCCAACCUGGUGGUGCACCAGAGAAUCCAUACAGGGGAGAGGCCCUACAAGUGCAAGGAAUGUGAGAAAACUUUUAGCCGUACCUCAAACCUUAUUGCUCACCGCAAAACCCAUGUGAAAAAGAAAAACUUUUCCUGUACGAUGUGCAGGAAAAGCUUCAGUAGAAGCACAGCUCUCUUACAGCAUCAGAGAGUCCACAUGGAUGAGAAGCCCUAUAGGUGUACCGAGUGUGGAAAUAGCUUCCAUCUGUGCUCAAACUUUGUCAAACAUCAACGGAUUCAUUUGAGAGAGAGACCCAGUGAACAUACAGCAGAUGCAAACCAUUCUGAAUUUCCUUCUUUGCAUCAUAAAGAAGAGCAAAGGUGUGGUGCAGAGAAACGUGAGACGGAUCACUUGAAUCUUGUUCUUGAAGAGUUGAAGAAAAUGAGGGAAAAUAUGGAUAUGCUGCUUCUGAAUCAGCAAAGUCAGCUGCAAGUCCUGCAAGAAAUUCAGAAACAACUGAAUAUACUCCUCCCAGGCAAUGAUCUCAUUAAUUCAAAUGUCUAUAGUUUAGGACUUCUACUAGGACGGCAGGCAGCUGCAGCGGCGUCUCUUUCUUUUCCUCUUCUUAAUCCCAGCAGUCUCCUCCCUGAAAAUACUAGUCUCUUAUCCCGGUCAUCUGCUCCUGGAAUUCUGCCUACCACUCAGCUCCCAAUCCCUCAAUAUCCUGCAGCUUCUACAACUUGAUCAGCUUUGUGCCGUAAAUGUAUCCAAUGUAAACAAAUGUGACUACUGUUUUCUCACUCAAACCUGUGAUCUCUGUGUUGGAAUGUUGUAAUUGUAGUACCUGUGAAGAUGCUGACCACAGCACUCAGGCUUGGAAAGAUACAUGCCUUGGAUGCAUCAGCAAACAGCAGUUGAUCAAAUCCACUGCCUAUUCAUUUGUUUCGGCAUGCAGGCAUUUUGGCCAGUAAUGUAUUUUGUCAAGGCAGCUCAAGAGAUCUUUAUCACCGGGGUGUAGUUAAAUGGAACAUCCAUACAUAAGAUAAUGUGUAAAACUUAAGCAGAUUUUUCUACCUGAUACGUCUUUAACAUGUACUUGUGCAAUUGGACCUCUCCUAAUGAGCUGAAGCUAAUGAUAAAAUCAUCAGAGAUGCUUUAAGCAACUCCUGUUAAGUCUGAUUUAUACAGAGGUAAGCAACACGCUAAUUAAUGUAAAGGUGUUCAAUUUAACUGCACCUCUAUUCCCAGCAUCCAUUUGCAAAAGCUUCCUUCACUCAGGAAGGCUUUAAAUGAGGUGACCUUAGCUGAUUCUUAGGCCAGCAUUGCUACUAAAACUACAAAAAAAUAUUUUCAGUUUUUUUGUUUAAAAUAAACAAAAACCACCACCCCCGCCCCAAACCCCCAACAAAAUACCACCAUUCAGGUCUACCUUGCUUACUAAGAGUUUAUGAGGAAAAGCCAAACUGGUUUAUAGGACACUUGUUCUUUUGUUCAAAGGUGAACCCACUUGAGUCUGUUUUUAGAUAUUCUGUCAUAUCCUAUUUGGAUUAUUACAUGUUGUUGACUGUUAUGUAUUAGUUCAUUGGGGGUAAGUAAUUACCAUUUGGGGAGGAAGACCGAGAAGCUCAGGCGCACCAUCUUGCGAAGUCUUUGGGGGGGAAAAAUGAUUUUAUUCGUGCGCGCACACACACACAGCCCCCCGCCGCCCCGUUCCUGCAGGACUCUGACACAGGGCCUUUUAAGGCUAGUAAGUGCAGAGUUUUAAGAAGUGUUAGUCCUUUCUACCUCCUUGUUUCUAUCAGUGACACAGGCUAGUAGCUGUGUCAGUGCCUUUGAGCUUCAAAAGUGCAAAACAAGCUAACUAUGAUUUACCUUUGAAGAGCUGCUGGGAUAAAGAAAUUUUGGGGCUUGCGCCUAUGCCAAACAGUCUUUCUCUUGA